GUGCCCAGGACACUGAAACUCGUACCUUCGUCCGCAGUCCUGUGCUGGGGGCUGGCCCGGCCGGCUGCUCUAAGCCGCAGACUGGAGGUCGUGGUCGGGAACGGCCCCGCCCCCGCGAAGGUCCGCAGCAGGACGCCGACUUGCCACAGACCCGUGCCGCGGCCUCCAGGAGGCCGCGCCAGGCCUCUCUCACAGCCUCUCCAGGGUCCCGCCCCGACACCAGGGGCAGGUGACGGGUGGGACCUGGAGGCACCCUCGCGAGGGCCCACGAAGGAUGCGGGACGGAGCAGCCUCCACCCGGACUCGCAAACGAGGCACUAGGGCUCCGCGCACUCCCACCUGUGGAGGCGCGUGUCUCAUCGCGUGCCAGAGGAGGGGCGAAGGUCAAGGGGCAAAGGGCAAGGGGCAGAUUCCUCCUCCCCCUCCUCACGCUAGGUCCUGGAGCGCUGAUUGGUCGUGUCCUGGGGAGGCCAGGAGAGCACGUGUUCUAGCACGUGCUGAAGGAGCGCUAAGGUCCAGGGGCGGGCCCACUCGCGAAGCCCUGGAGGGCAGAUUGGCUACUCCAGGAAGGGGCGUGUCCCCACGUGAGCUGUCCGGGAGCGGAAGUAGGAGAUAGAGGCCAGGGCGUCUGCACGGUCCUGGCCUGGCCACCUCCUCCCACUGGGUGCAAAGGGCAGGCAGUUCGUGCACGGACACCGGCCCUGGCUGAGUGUGGCCAUGGCGGGCGCCGAGUGGACGUCGCUGGAGGAAUCCUUGGAGAAGCACCUGCCGCUCCUAGACUUACAGGAGGUGAAGCGCGUUCUCUAUGGCAAGGAGCUAAGGAAGCUUGAUCUGCCCAGGGAAGCUUUCGAAGGUGCCUCCAAAGAAGACUUUGAACUGCAGGGAUAUGCCUUUGAAGCGGCGGAAGAGCAGCUGAGACAACCCCGCAUUGUGCAUGUGGGGCUGGUUCAGAACAGAACCCCCCUCCCCACAGAUGCCCCUGUGAAAGAACAGGUCUCUGCCCUUCAUAAACGCAUAAAGUCUAUCGUAGAGGUGGCUGCAAUGUGUGGAGUCAACAUCAUCUGUUUCCAGGAAGCGUGGACUAUGCCCUUUGCCUUCUGUACGAGAGAGAAGCUUCCUUGGACAGAAUUUGCUGAGUCAGCAGAAGACGGGCCCACCACCAAAUUCUGUCAGAAGCUGGCGAAGAACCAUAACAUGGUGGUAGUGUCUCCCAUCCUGGAACGAGACAGCGAGCAUGGGGACACUUUGUGGAAUACAGCCGUGGUGAUCUCCAAUUCUGGAGCAGUCCUGGGAAAGACUAGGAAGAACCACAUCCCCAGAGUGGGUGAUUUCAACGAGUCCACUUACUACAUGGAGGGAAACCUGGGCCACCCCGUGUUCCAGACACAGUUUGGAAGGAUCGCGGUGAACAUUUGCUACGGGCGGCACCACCCCCUCAACUGGCUUAUGUACAGCAUCAACAGGGCCGAGAUCAUCUUCAACCCCUCAGCCACCGUUGGAGCACUCAGUGAGUCCAUGUGGCCCAUUGAGGCCAGAAACGCAGCCAUUGCCAAUCACUGCUUCACCUGCGCCAUCAAUCGCGUGGGCACGGAGCACUUCACGAGCGAGUUUACCUCUGGAGAUGGAAAGAAAGCUCACAAGGACUUAGGCUACUUCUAUGGCUCGAGCUAUGUGGCAGCCCCUGACAGCAGCCGGACUCCUGGGCUGUCCCGUACCCGGGAUGGACUGCUGGUUGCCAAGCUCGACCUAAACCUCUGCCAGCAGGUGAAUGAUGUCUGGAACUUCAAGAUGACGGGCAGAUAUGAGAUGUACGCACGGGAGCUCGCCGAAGCUGCCAAGCCCAACUACAGCCCCACCAUUGUGAAAGAGUAGCUGACUUCAGUGCCUGCCUUGGGGUGAGGGAGACACCUCUGCCCCAGCAGAUUAGCAAGCAUGGCAGGUUUAACAUAUCCAAGUUUUCCCCAACAGCAUUGUCCAGGUCAGCUUUAAAAUGUCCAGACAGAGGGAGGGUGGCAUGGGGAGUGAUUUUUUUUUUUUUUUUGGGAGAUGGAAUCUCGCUCUGUCACCCAGGCUGGAGGGCAGUGGCACGAUCUUGGCUCACUGCAACCUCCACCUCCUGGGUUCAAGCAGUUCCUUGCCUGAGCCUCCUAAGUAACUGGGAUUGAAGGUACCCGCCACUAUGCCCAGCUAAUUUUUAUAUUUUUAGUAGAGAUGGGGUUUUACCAUCUUGACCAGGCUGGUCUUGAACUUCUGACCUCAUGAUUCACCCGCCUCAGCCUCCCAGAGUGCUGGAAUUACAGGCGUAAGCCACUGCGCCCAGCCAGGGAGUGACUUCUUAAUGGGUAAGGGGCUUACUUCUGUGGCGCUGGAAUCAUUUUGGGUCUAGGGAGAAGUGAUGGUUGAACAAUGUGGUGAAUGUAUUAGAUGCCACUGAAUAUGUAUACUUCAGAAUGUUUUGGUUAUGUGAAUUUUACCUCAACUAAAAACAAAAUGCCCAGGCACUGCUUGUGCUGCUGGAUUUGAGAUUAGACAGAUGAUGCUGUCCAUCCUGUCCACCAGUGGGAAGAGGGUGAGAGCUGAUCCAGAGUCCCUGAGCCUACGGCAUGGCUGUGGUGGGUGGGAUGGUCUUUGGAUGUGUCAGCCUAGCUAGGCUACAGUCCCCAGUAAUUCAAUCAGACACUAAUCUAGGUAUUGCUGUGAAAGUAUUUUGUAGAUGUAAAAAAAGUCCAUAACCAGUCAACUAAGUAAGUGAGAUUAUCUCAGAUCAUCUGGGCAAGCCUGACCUGAUCAGUCAAAAGGCCUAAAGAGCAGAGCUAAGGGCUUCCCUGAGGAAGAAAUCCUGCCGGUGGACAGCAGCCCAGCUCUUUGCAAGAGUUCCUAACCGCCUGCCCUUCCUGAGAGCCUGCCUUAUAGAUUUUGGACAUGACUAGCCAGCUCCUACAAUCACUGAAGUCAAUUACUUGCAAUAAAGCUCAAUACAUACCCUA